CCGUUUCAACGUAUCCGGAAGAGAGCUUGACUAAAGUUUUCCUGAAUUUCAGCUGUUGAAAUCCUAGGCCAUCGUAUACCUUAGUUCUUGUUCUAUUUCUGCUGUUCCAAAUAUCGACAUGGGAGGAUUAUUUGGAAGCAUCUUCUCAUCUUGAUGCUUUUGCUGCCAACAACGGUGUUGUUUGUUGGACAAUCUAUUCGUGGAGGUAUUGUUGCUUUUGCUGAUGCACGAUGGGAGGGAGAGGAUGAUGAAGCCACAAUUGAAAACGAUGAUAAUAUACCAACAGCAGAAGAUGAUGGAGGAGAAGAUGCUGAUUCCUCUGUUGUGGAAACAGAAAGGGAAGAAGAGAGUGAAGAUGAGCCUGUGCUGAAGCCACAUCCUGACGCAGACACUUUUGUCCUUUUCACCAAACCAACAGGCUUAGGCCAUGUUGCCUGCUGGUAACAAGUUCGUUUUCUUGUCGGCUUUAUGAACAAGGGAGAAGGUGAAUUUGUAGUGGAGGGCAUGGAUGCAUCUUUCCGUUACCCCCAAGAUUAUAGUUUCUACUUGCAGAAUUUCACAACCCUAACCUUCAGCCAGGUGGUGGAAUCUAAACGCCAAGCAACAUUUGAGUAUGGUUUUGUACCAAAUGAAGCUUUCAGCUCACGACCAUUUGGUCUAACAGUCAACAUCAAUUACAAGGAUGGUGAGGGCAAUAUGUAUCAAAAUGCUGUUUUUAAUGAAACAGUCCAGGUAGUUGAACCAGAUGAAGGAUUGGAUGGGGAAACGUUUUUCCUGUAUGUUUUUCUGGCUGCUGUUGGAGUUCUGCUUUUAGUUGGAGCCCAGCAACUUGUUUCAACUUUUGGUAGGAAACAUUUGUCCAAACCUAGACAGGUUAUUGAGAUGGGAACACAGAAUGCUGAUAUUGAUUAUGACUGGCUUCCAAAAGAAACUAUUCAAGAAAUGAACCGCUCUCCAAGAAGAUCCCCAAAGCAGUCACCACGUCAGCGCCGCAGCAAACGAUCUUCUGGAUCAGGGGAAGAAUGACUUUAAGAAAAGUGCAAACAGUGUUAUUCUCUUUGCCAUUUACCAUUUGUUUUCCAUUCCUAUGAUUCACUAAUAAAUAUUUAAAAUAA